AUGGCCCUAAACCCGGUUAAUCAAGAAAUUGAAAUUGGCCUAACUCAAGAUGAUAAACAACAACAACAACAACAACAAUCCUCUUUGUCUCUGGCAGAAACUAAAGGUUUAUUAGUCAAUACAGAACACGUUGUCUCUACAAACUCUCAAUCAGAUUCUCAAGCAGCUGCUUCAUACCAAACAGCGCCAUUAAUAGCCCGUUCCUCUCCAAAAUCGCCAGCUUAUAUUCCUGCUGAUAUGAUGGCUGCCUAUCGUAAAAGACACAACCUCCAACAACAAAAUGAAGAUGCCAGUUGUCGAAGUUCUUUAGCAGCAACAGCAGAUGAAGCAUCAGAGCCUCCUUCAAAAUUUUUAAAAGCAGAUUCUCCAGGAGAGGCAGAUCAACAAUCUGCAGCUUUAGAUUUUUCUUUACAAAAUGCAAAUAGAAUAUUGCCGUUAAAUGAAGAAGAAAAUGAUGUUGUUAAUAAUAAUGAUGUCGUUGAUGAUUGCCCUAUUGAAAACAUUCCCGAUGAGCUUCUUAUAACGAUUUUUACCUAUCUUGUCGAAGGUGAUUUAGGCAGAUGUGGCGCUGUGUCUAAACGAUUUAAUAGAAUCUCUAAUGAUUGUGGCUUGUGGAAGCGUCUCUAUAUAACAAUAUUUGAAUAUACCACUCCUUUGUAUCAUUCUCUUGUAUCUCCGUGUAAAUAUGAACUUCGUGAGCCUCAUCGUUGGAGAAAUUGUUUAAAUCCGUGGAAAGAAAGCUAUUUAUUAUUGGUAUAUUUUUUUAUAUUUUUUUUUGAAGGAGGAAAAUCUUUUUGGAUGUAUUCCUAGGUCCGCUAAGUUACAAGCAAGCAGACGCGGACGA